AUAGUUUCGCCAGGUCUGUCUGUCUUUCCGAGGCUUUGCUCCGUGAUCGUUAGUGCUAGAAAGCUGCAAUUUGGCAUGGAUACAUAAAUCAUGCAUUGCGACAGAACGCGGAUCAGGCUCUGGAACCUUUUCAGAAGACCUGAACAUGUCAAUCACCACUCCGCUAGGAGCCCAUAACUCGGUAUUCCAGGCUGAGUGCAUGGGCAUCAUUAACGCGGCGGCUGCCAUCACUGCAAGGAAGGUAGUAGGAUCCUCCAUCCGCAUACUCUCCGACAGCAGAGCAGUCUUAAUGGCCCUAAAAAGCCAUAUAGUCACAUCCAAACUUAUACACGAAUGCCACGAACGACUAAUGGAGGUAUGUCAGAACAAUAAGAUCACCUUACAAUGGAUCAAAGGACACAGUGGAUCCCGAGGUAACGACGCCGCGGACGAGCUCGCCAGACAAGGAUCGGGUGCGGGGGCGAUAGGCCCGGAACCGAUCCUCCCGAUACCGUUUAGUAAGGUACGCUCAAUGCUGCUGGCACGUACAGGGAAACUACACACAGAACACUGGCUAAACCAAACUGGAUGCAGACAGGCCAAGCAGGCCAUGCCUAGCAUGAACGGUAAGCUCACAAGGGCGCUCCUUCAACUAGGAAAGGUUCGACUGAGUAUGGUAACCAGUGUCAUAACAGGUCAUGGACUUUUUAACAAACAUCUUUUUAUAACAGGUGUCACAGACAGUCCCCUAUGCCGUGGAUGCAUGGAGGAAGAAGAAACAGCCUCUCACGUGGUGUUGGAAUGCAGCGGAUUGGCCCCAUACAGGGCAAAACAUCUCGGAUCCCCGAGUGACCUCCCCGAGGUCCUACUCAACAUCAAAGGUUUGAUAGGAUUCCUCGAGGAGCUGGGCUGGCAAGACUAGCCCACCCCCUAUCACGCAAAAUAGGCGCAAGACGUCGAGUUGCGGAAAAUCGCCCGAGCUACAAUACAAUACAAUA